GCUGCCUGCAGUCUGCUUCAGUGGGUUCACACUCACUGUCCUCUGCCCCAGCCCUCUACGCCCCACUACUCUCCCUGCCUCUGCCCCAGCCCAGGCCCACGGCCCCACCAUGGCCGACCAGUACCAGUACAACACCAACGAGGAGAAAUUUGUGAAAGACAGCCACACCAAGGAGAUCGACCUGAUCAACAGAGACCCUAAAUUGAUCAAUGAGGAUGUGAUCAAGGUAGAGUUUGAGGAUGUAAUCGCAGAGCCUGACGGCACACACAGUCUGGAUGGGGUGUGGAAGCUCAGCUACACCACCUUCACUGUGUCCAAGUACUGGUGCUACCGCAUCCUCUCAGCCAUCUUCGGCAUCCCCGUGGCUCUGCUCUGGGGCUUCCUCUUCGCCUGCAUCUCAUUCUGUCAUAUCUGGGCCGUGGUGCCCUGCAUCAAGAGCUGCCUGAUCGAGUCACAGUGCAUCAGUCGUAUCUACUCCCUCUGCAUCCAGACCUUCUGUGACCCCUUCUUUGAAGCCCUGGGCAAAAUCUUCAGCAGUGUGAAAGUGGCCCUGCGCAAAGAGGUCUAGACACUCACACCAGAGGUGGCUGGUGAGGGGAGGAAGGCUCAUAAUAAUGAAUGGAAUGGAGUCAAUGGAAUGGAUCAAACACAUGGGAAGCCAUGUGUUUAAUGUGUUUGAGGCCAUUCCAUUAUUCUGUUCCUGCCAUUACUGUAAGCCUGUCCUCCCCAUUUAAAGUGUCACCAGCCACCACUGACUCACACCCACCACAGUGUUUACAUGUGUUUGGAUGAAAUGUUGCACCCUUUUUAUAUGCCAGACCAGAUGACCAGUCCUGGUGUCCUCAUAUUUCCCAAGACACUCCCCGUUACCCUCACCCCGCCCGGAGCCCUGGGCCCCGCCCAGUCCAUCUUGCCCUUUGAGUCCUGACAUGCUCAGAGCGACCAGCGCCAUUAGAGGCUCUGUGAUAGCUGCAGCAUGGUUGGGUGACAGAUCUGGCUCCGUUGGAAGGCAGAGAGCUGCCUGUUCAUUGAGGGAAUAGAGCGCUGGCAGCCAUGGAAUGUAUCCUGAGAUGCUGAGGACAGUAGCUUCUCGGUCACAUGACAUAAACACCCCAGUUACUCUAACGACAUUGCAGUGCCUGUAGGACAAUACUGCCUACACAGGGCUCUCCAACCCUGUUCCUGAAGAGCUCCCAUUCUGUACGUUUUCACUCCAACCCUAAUCUAGUACACAAGAUUCUAAUAAUUAGCUGGUUGAUAAACUGAAUCAGGUUAGUUACAACUAGGGUUGGAGCGAAAACCUACAGGAGGUAAUUCACAGGAACAGGGUUGGAGAGCCCAAUUCUGAAUUGAUAUACAGUAUAUUAAACAGUCAGAUGUGUGUGUGUGAGUGUGUGAGUGUGUGUGUGUGUGUGUGUGUGUGUGUGUGUGUGUGUGUGUGUGUGUGUGUGUGUGUGUGUGUGUGUGUGUGUGUGUGUGUGUGUGUGUGUG